AUGUCUAAGACUACUACUUUACGUUUCAGGUUGAGCCUGAAGAGGCCAGACUUCAGCAGUCUCUAUAACUUCCUCCCCGGACACAAGUCUUCACCAAGCCAGUCUUCGGUAUCUUCGACAACACCGAUCAAAAUUGACACUACCUCCUCUCCCCAAAGCAUCACCACAUUUCCAGUUUGCGUACACAAAGAUGAAGCAGAGAUAUCUCAGGGCGCCAUUGAUGCCCGGGGUAACUUCAAAGAUCUUCUUCCAGAUGUCGAAACUCGACCACAUUCUGCAGGACCUUAUGGCAACUUCUUCGCCAUGUGUUGGCCAGAAAGUCAGAUGGAGAGGGUGAAACUAGGCACAGAGAUCAUCGAGACGCUCUGGCUGUAUGAUGAUGUCAUUGAAGAGAUACCGCAUAGCGGGGCCAUGGAAGCCCAUGCUCAAGUUCGAGAUUCUUUGGUCGGGGCGCCGGAAAAGGGAAAGUCGAGCUCCAAGCGCCAUAUGGCUAGCCUAUUCAAGGAUUUCGGUCAGCGCGUAGCAAAGAUGGAUGAAAAGGGGGCACCACGUGUCAUCGACUCACUAAAGUCUUACCUCGAGAACUACGACAGCCAAAAGAACCCACUCGUUACCAUUGAAGAGUACACCGAGUUUAGGAGGUUGAAUGUUGGGUUUGGGAUUAUGGAGGGCUUCAUGCAGUGGACCCUAGAUAUCCACCUUGACCAGACCGAGGUCGAGGCCUCUCGGGACUACUAUCUCUCCAGCGGCCGCGUCAUGGGUCUGACCAAUGACCUGUAUUCCUGGAACGUCGAACGAACAGAAUCCGCAGAUCGACAGUGGAAUGCGGUACCAAUCAUCAUGAGACAGCACAACAUGACCGAGAGGGAUGCUACCAUCUACCUUAGAGGAUUAAUAGUGUACCACGAACAAGAAACCCGGAGGCUAGGCCUAGAAGUCUUAAAAAGAACCGGGGAUUCGCCCAAGAUGGUUAAGUAUGUGGAAGCGAUGGGACUCAUGCUAGGAGGAAACUGCUUCUGGAGCGCAACUUGUCCACGGUACAAUCCAGAUCCGUAG